AUCACCCCAGAAUUGGCACCAUUAUGUCAUUUCAUACAUAUCGAUAUCACAGUAGUAUUGAAAUGCUUCAUACUCAUAUUCUAAAGCAGAACAAAAAAUGUUAAAGACUAGACUGAAUAAACUGUUUAUCGUUUGCCUUCCACAGGAAAAUUAAUAAAUAAAGAUUCAACAAAAUGGCGGGAAUCUAAAAGUUUUUUCAAAGUGGUUUACAGAGUCCGAUACUCAAGAAAGUUUUACAAUUCGAUUUAACGAAUUGAUUUUUUUUGAACAACAAUGAAUGAAUCUGUGGGUUCCACUAUAGAGAAAAUAAAACUCGUGGAACAAGACAACGAAAACAAAUUAAAAGAAAAACGCGAAUAUGACGCAACGGUGGCCACACUCAAUUACACUAUUAAGGAAACUAGGCAACAAACUCAAAAAAUAAAUAUUGAUAACGCUCAGUUGAAUAAGAAAAUAGAUUGUAUGAAAGCUGAGUUAGCUGUAGAGAAAACGAGAAGAGAUGCCUUGUUAGCUCAAGUAGAACUAUGUAAAAAAGAGCUAGAGGAAUUAAAAAGUCAUUCGGACCAAGGUAUUGCAAAAGUUUGGGAACUGCGGUCUGACUUAUGUACUGCUGUACAGACAAUAUCUGACGAAUGCGAUAUUCGAGCUCUUCUUAUAAAGCCUACUAUACAUCCUGAAUGUUUGACGAAAAGAUUUAAGACUUGUCCUCAAGCAAAUUCAAGCAUAACAACAAAAAAUGAAGAACGUUUAAAAGAUGCCAUCGAAAAACGCAGUAAAGCUUUAUCUACACGCCAUCGCCUUCAAGCUGAACCAGAGGAAGGAGAUGAGUUUGUUAGUACCUUUUGCAGAGCAAGCAGAAGCACCAGAUGGUUUAGUAGUAAAUUAGAGCAAAAUGAAAACCAGCCUAUUAAGUUCACAGAUAGUCCAGCUUCACGGAAAACUGCAAUCCCAGUUAUCAGGGCUCCAGGACCUAAUCCUGUGCCAUGGUAUCAACCGUUCUCAGUUGUCACUAGUGUAGCAGUAUUUUUAAUAUAUUUUUGUAUAUUGAGAGAAGAAAGUGAUAUAGACCAAGAAUUUGAUAAAACCUUAUAUGAUAGAAUUAAAGGUUUAGAGAAAGAACAGCUCAUACAAUCUUAUAAAUUCAAUAAAGAACAAGGCAAAAGUGUGGAAGCUAUAGAACAACGACUAAAGGAAUUGGAAGCACAAGAGCAGAAAAUUGUUGCAUAGAUUAAGAUUUACAUUGUUACUAGGCAUUUGAUUGUAGUUGUUUUAAAAUAGUAACAAGUAAUUAUUUUAUUUAUCAGAGUUAUAAUUAUUAACCUUUCCUUUAUAGGCAAACAAACUAUUUCGAUUCCCA